CGCAACGCAACGCAUUUUUCUUUCCCUUGAAGCCUUGAAGGCUUGAAGGCUUGAACCCAACCUCUCUCAGUUUCUCUGCUCAACCAAAACGGCAACGUAUGGUUACUUGCAACAGCCACCUGGUCCUCUAAAUAACACUUUCUGCAAUCUGCAAUCUGCAAUCUGCAUAAACCAACUUCAUUUAAAAUCAUAUUCCAAUUAUUAGAUUGUUUCUUUAUUUACGAUGAGAGGACAACAAGAUCAUCAAUCAAGGCUUUUCUGCGAGCUCUCCGCUCUGCUUUUCAACCUCCUCCGCUCGCCGAUCGUCCCGGACUCGCCGCCGAGCCGUUCGCCGCCGCCGCCGCCGCCUCAGAUUACUCCGGCGGGGUUCGCCUCGCUGCUCCUGGGGAUCUCGGUGGCUCUGAUGCUCUGUGGAUCGGUCACUUUCUUCAUCGGCUUUAUGCUGAUGCCGUGGGUUCUCGGAUUGGUUAUGUUGCUCUACGUCGCUGGCGUCGUUUCCUCUCUCUCCUUUCUCGGCCGUUCCAUUCUCUGUUACGCUACGCCGCGCAAGGAUCUUCCCGAGUGGAAACUUAUAUGAAAGAUAAAUAACGGAAUUGAUCAGUGCGAUACUGGUUUUGUGCCUGCCUGCUUGUGCAGCCUAUAGAACAAUGGAGAUUACGGAUCUUCUCUCACUAGAAGCAGGAGUCGUGGAUAUCAGGCAUUUGUUAAAAGUACCAAAAUCUGUGGAUAUAUCUUUUCUUUUAACUACAACAAUUAGCGAAGUAAAGUUCUGAAGAAUUGAGGACAUGUUUCCAGCUAUUGUCUUUUGCUGUUAAUUGUUAUAUCUUUAUUCUACCUUGUGUAAAAUUUGAAUUAUAGGAUUGAGUUUAUUUUUUUAAUAUUUUUUUUCCAUUUCCAAACAUGGUAUAUGUACUAUAAAAUGAAAGGGAAAGUAUGAUCCAAUAUUAUCAAAACUGGAUGGGAUUAAUGAUUUCAUCAGGAUA